AUGCUCGUCAUUUCCCGCGCUGCUGCUGCUGCUGCUCCUGCGGGCGGCGGCGGCGGCGGCGGCGGUGCAUCUGCAGCGUCUGAUGACGUGGCCGUAGCUGCGCCGCGUGUCGAGGAGCCCAGUACGGCACUGUUGUUAGCCUGGUUUGCUUGUGGUAAUCGGAGUCUGUUCGCGGCUCAGUGCCUUGUGGAGGUGCUGGUGGAGCUGUAUCGGGGAGGUCGAACGUUUGGAGAGCUGCAGCUUGCUCUGAAGAUGGCGACACUGGGCCGCAGCAGCAGUAGCAGUAGCAGGGGUGCCCGGGCCCGGGGCAGUAGCAGCGAGUCGGACACCGGUGUGGGGGAUAAGGCGGAGGGGGGGGAAGUGGUGGUGCCGCCGCUGCUGCAGGCGCAGGAGGAGGACGUGUUGGUGUCCUGGGUGGCCUUGGUGUUUCUGACCGCGGAGGAGCUGGGGCUGGCCCCCGGGGACCUCAGGGAACAACCCGCCAGGACCAACCCGCAGCAGCAGCAACAGCAACCUGAGGGGCAGGGGCAGGGGCAGCAGGCGGUGACGCUAGGGAUGUACGACGAAGGUCAGACGUUGGCGCGUGUGGCCGGACUGCAAGGGCUUGUACAGCAGUCGUCAUCUGGCGGCGGAGGGUCGUCUCCAUUCCUGGUUCUCAUGCAGCAGUACACCCGGCUGGUCUUACUGACGGUGGAGGUGGUGGCGGCCGCGGGACUAGCCACCGCGCGACCGCUACGACCCCCGGAAACGGUGCUACAACCUAGUGGCUACAGCCAGGCCUUCGUCAGCAGCUGCAACGCAACACUGUUGUUAGGGGAUGAUGACGAAGACGGCGCGGAUAUUGCCGUACAGCAGCAGCAGCAGGGGAAGCAGGCGCAGCAGGACCAGGAGCCAUGUCCCGCUCGCGGCCUUGCCGUACGAUUACUAAUGGCCUUCAUGGGCGCAGUACUGGGCAGUCAAUGGAGCUUGGUCAAGUUUGUGGAGGCUGUACGGGUAGCGUACGACCAGGGUCUGGCGGCGGACGAGCUGUUCUCCCAGCUGGACGAGCAAGAAUUCGUACAGAGCGGCGGCCUGCUGCCCAUCGCUGGCACGUCGCCGCCGCCGUCGCCAGACGCGGCGGCUGCCAUAGCUGGGCCCGAUGCCGCUACCCCAAUGGCGACGCCGGCGCCGCAGUACCAGAUUACUAAGGCCUUAUUCAGCACCUGGAUCAGUUUGUCGUACAUGACAAUGGCGCAGCUGGCGGUGCCGUACCCGGCAGCGGGGCAACGGCUGGGCUGGGCCUGGGCUGGCUUUGGUGACCCAGUUGAGGCGCUAGGCAUGAACGACUUCGUGGCUAACGUCCUUAGGCAGAUGGCGGGAGAGGACCCACGGGUCGUUCCUCUGCCGGAGCAACCGUCACAACCGCCACAACCGCCACAGGAGGAUCAGCGCCGAGUGGCCACCUCGGAUCCUGACGCACCAUUGGCAGUGGCACCGACAGCCACGUCAGAGCCGGGAUCUCAGGUUUUGGAUCCAGAUUUGGAUUCAGGAUCCGUAACUGGCGUUGCGAACGUCACCGGGGGUGGGAGCCGGAGACGAGAUGGUGCGCAUAUGGUCCGCAUGGAGGAUGAGUCAUUGCCCGCUACCUCUAUUGCCGUACGGGUUCUGACUCAGCAGGUGGCUCUUGUUCAGGCCGUAUGCUGCCAUGUCAUGAAGGACGCCCCUGAGGAUGGAUCUGGAGAAUGAGAUGAUGGUGAAAUACGGAUCAUGAGUUGAUGUAUGGGGUCAAUUGCUGGGGAGUCUGAAUUGCGGCUCGAGUAGUUGAAAGAGAGGAGCGUUGAAGGAUUCGGAGCGAUGGUGGGUGGGAUUCCGCGGGGUGUGCGGCUGCUGGAGAGGCCGCUAGGUACGCGAUUUUGCCGUUGUGGCCGUUGUGUGGUUGGAGAGGUGCUCAACCUCCUUCGCUUGCUUUGAGUGACUUUUGACGAGCAGCGAUGUUAUGUGGUUCGGCAAUGAUGCAUGAUGGAAGUUUUCUGUAACCUAUCAUAAAUUUAUCUGUCACCAUUGCUUCUGUACUUCUCCCCGCUUGGUUUUGUUAUGAUGGUUGAUAACUUCUUUGGUGGGUGAAAUUGGUGAGUGAGCAAUGAGAAAGGAAAAUGCAGCGCCGCCGCGACGGUGGUGCACGGCUCUUAAGGUUAUGAUUGCCUGCGUUAUUGUGUGUAUGGGUUGUCACUUGACUGACUGACUGACUGACUGACUAUCUCUGUAUUGUUUAUGUGUAACUUUAGUAAACUAAAAUUACACAUAAACAAUACAGAGAUAGCUGACUGGAUGACUUUACAGGGGGGGAAUCCGACCCAACCACCGGUGGUGUUGUUCGCCCAACCCAGUUACCGGUCGGUCGGUCGGUAGGUAGGUAAAAGUAGUUGAGUAAAAGUAGGUAUUGUAGUUGAUUGGCUCGUACUGGCUAGUGGUGAACGCCGUUUCGAGAAUGGUAAGGCCACGGCUUUCCCGUGAUAUGAUGAUGUGGGCGGGGAAAGGCACGCCGCUGGCAUAUUACAGAGUUUCACUUUACCCGGUUUGAAGACAAAAGACCUGUUAACUGUGAACUUCGUACGACGCGGGGUACGGAACCAGACAGGCAAGAUGAUGGGCUGGCGACCUUUUCCAGCAUUUUGCUGAUGAAAUCUUCGGAAAGACUCCUGGAGUGGGUUCAUAAGCCUGGGAAGAGG